AUGGAGCGUAAACUGGACCUGUCCCGUCUCAGCGACGAAGAGGCCAAACACGUGUGGGAGGUGAUUCAGAGAGACUUCAACCUGAGGAAGACGGAGGAGGAAAGACUGAGCGAGCUGAAGACGAAGAUCGAGAAGGAGGACACGAAGCAGGAGCUGCUGGUUUCCACGGCGACCGUGUCCGACUCCUUGUGCAUCCGCUGCCUGCAGCCGUUCAAGUUCCUGGUGAACAGCAAGCGGCGCUGCCUGGACUGCUGCCUGUUCACCUGCAAGGCCUGCAGCCGCUACAACAAGAAGGAGCGAGGCUGGGUGUGUGACACCUGCCGUAUGACCAGAGUGCUGAAGGUGGGGACUCUGGGUUGGUACCACGACAACGUGAGGAAUCGCUUCAAGCGCUUCGGCAGCGCUAAGGUGAUGCGUUCUCUGUACAAGAGGCUGAACGGGGAAGGAGGCCGCGAGGACGACUGUCAGAGCAUGCCGGACGUCCGCGGACACGUGUACAACGGUAACGAGGACGAUGCCGGAGACGCCGACGCCCAGCGCUAUAAACUGAUGAGGAAGAAUAAACGCCUGCUGUCGGUUCAUCCCAUGGACUUUGACUCGGAGGAUUAUCUUCCUCACUCCCGCCGCCCGUCCAUGCAGAUGCAGAUGCAGGAGGAUCGCUGCUACAGGAACGAUGUGGACUACGACUACUACUACAACCAAAGAGGCAACCGCCGCAGGAGCCUGGACCGCUACGCCAUGAGACCCGAGGACUACGGGGAGACCCGGAUGGUUCGGACCAGAUCCCUCUCUAAGAUCAGCUCGUCGGCCCGGCAGCAGUACGCCGACACCUCUGACGAGGAAGACUAUCAGAGGCCCCCACCCUCGUACCUGCAACCCCCCCAAUCUUCGUACAUGCAACCCCCCCAAUCCUCGUACAUGCAGCCCCCCCAAUCCUCAUACAUGCAGCCCCACCACCGCCGCAGGAACAGCAGGGCGUCCUCCCAGGAGAACCUGGGCCAGGCCCCCCCCAUCAACGAGCUGAACAAACGGAUGUCGGCCAUCGAGAGUCUGCUGAGCCGCCUGGAGGAGAAGAUGACGCCCAGCGAGGAGCACCUGCGGCCGUCCACCCCGUCCACCCCGUCCACCCCGUCCGUCCACGAGGAGGAGAAGCUGAGGAAGAAGCUGAGCGAGCUGGCGGGGAACCUGGCGGGGAACCUGGCGGGGAACCUGAGCCCGAAGGUGCUGUCGUCGGACGACGAGCCCGCCAGGAAGUUCUCCGGGGGGAAGAGCCCGGGGGGGAUGAGGGGCCCCGCGGGCUCUCUGGAGUUCCUGAAGGACAAGGACCUGAGGGGCCCGGCGGGCUCUCUGGACUUCCUGAAGGACAAGGACCUGAGGGGCCUGAGCUCCUCCAGCGACGAGAUGCCCAACGACGCUCAGAAGAGAUCCACGGCCGCCGCCCUCUGUGAUCUCACCACCGAGGUCCUGAGAACCGUUAACGCCACCGAAACCGCCAUGGCCGAGUUCGGCCAAUCAGAGCCGGCCGGCCGGUCCGGCCUCGUCGGCGCUGACGCUAAGCAGGCCGACGACGCGUUCAGGCAGCUCGAGGAGAAUGUGUACGUGGCGGCCGGCCAGUCGUACGAGCUGGAGAAGAAGCUGCUGAAGUUGGAGAGAAACGCCAAGAACCGGUUCGGAGGAACCACCGACUCGGAGCUGUCGGACCUGGAGGACGUGGUGGCGCUGGCGGCCGCUAGGGUGCAGAGCGCUGAGAGUGAGGUUUCUGACCUGGAGAGUAAAAUCAAAGCUCUGAAAGCUGUUGGAUCCAAGAAGAAGGUUUCUGGAGGCCACCAGAGGAAGAAGACGAGUCCAGAUCAGAAGACCAACGGCCAGUGGAGAUCCAACGUCUUCUAG